UACAAUUGUUUCCUUGCAAUAUUUGUAGUUUGGUUUUGCAUAGUCGUCAAAAUAAAGGUAUUGCAUAGUAAGAAACGUGCCAUGCCUUGCUUGUGUGAUUCGGAAAUACAGGACGCUAAGAAGAAUAAUCAAACCCUAAUCAUACACAAUGAGAAAGUUUAUGACGUAACCAAGUUUGUAAAUGUCCAUCCAGGUGGAAGCAAAAUACUGAGUUUACGUCAUGGGAAGGACGUGACAAAUAUCAUGGCUAACGCACCUCAUGUUCAUAGCAAGAAUGCAUACAGAUGGUUGCAACAAUACUAUGUGGCUGACUAUAAGCCUGAGAAUUCCACAUCACUGAAUGGAUUGAAUGGACCGGAAAUACGAGAUCGUAAGUUGAGUUAUAAUGGGAAACAGAAUGCCAGUCCUGCCUCCAAUCAACUAUACGAAAUCAAACCAACGGAGGACCUGAUAAACUGGAACGAACCAGUUUUGUGGCAAGUUGGUCAUCUGCGUGAAAAAUAUCAUGAUUGGGUGGAUGACCCUGUGGAUCGUUCGUUACGGCUUUUUAAAAGUGACUUUUGUGAAUUCUUUUCUAAAACUCCAUGGUAUAUCAUUCCACUUGUGUGGCUUCCGAUAGUAGCGCUAUUUGUUUUGAGAAGUCAUACUGAGUUCCUGGCAGGAAAAGCCAUGAUAUUACAUUCUUUACCAGGUGAUGGAGUUGUUUUAUCAACCAACCACAUGCCUGUAGUGUUCGUAUCUGGAAUUCUAUUGUGGACAUUCCUGGAGUACGGACUCCACAGAUGGCUCUUUCACUCGGAACCUCCAAAAACUUCCUACUUCCUCAUUACUCUUCACUUUCUUCUUCAUGGACAACAUCAUAAAGUUCCAUUUGACAGCGGACGUUUAGUCUUUCCACCAGUGCCGGCAUCCAUGUUGUUUCUCAUCGCUUAUUCCGUAUUUAGGUUGUGUUUUGUUGUUGGGGUGGCGGAUAUUGUUUCAGCAGGGGUGAUAUUAGGUUAUGUAGGAUAUGACAUGACACACUACUAUUUGCAUUAUGGUCAACCAAAGAGAGGAAGUUAUUUUGAUAGACUCCGGGCUUACCACGUACGUCAUCAUUUCGAAAGCCCUAACUUAGGUUUUGGAAUAUCCAGCAAGCUGUGGGACUACCCGUUUCAAACUACUAUCAAGACAAACUUAAAAGCAUAAAAUUAAUUGGCAGUUACGCAGAAAGAAAAGAACUUCUAUUUCUCUCCUAACAGCAACAUCAUUAGGCUUAAUCCCCCGGCUAAAUUCUUGCACUUAAAUUAUUAUAACCUCCUCAUACGAUAUAAUGGAGAAAUAGCAUGUUCCCAUAUUUUGCUUUAUUUUUUCGUUGUCCCAAAAUUAGUAUAUUUUCGAAUCUACUUCAACCGCGUUUUUGAAGUGACUUCUUAACGCAGUGAAAUCAAAAGUUUUUCCAAAAAAUAGGACGGAAAAAAGUUUUACUACUGUCUUUUAUUCAAAAAAUGGUUAAAAUUUACUUAACAUUACAACGGCGGCCGUUUUAACGAGCCCUUUUCUUUGUUUUUAUGUUUUUUCAACCAAGUACAAGUUUAUAUUAAUGUUAAAUGUUCCUUCUUGUGUCUAUACCAGCAGGGAUAAACUUUGCAGUUUGACGGUUUGGUUUUUGAGCCGUUUGUUAUCAUGAUAAGGAAUUGGUGCAAGCGCAUUUGGUAUUUUUAUGACGCCCAACCUAUGCCCUUGGUUUGAAGUCCAAUUUCCAUUGUGUGACUGUUUACUUGCAUGACUAUAUUGGUCCAAAAUAUUUCUCCUCAAUUUAUUUACCUUAGCAUUGUAAAUACGUUUGGGUAAUUUGGUGAAAUGCUCAUUGAAGCAUCAGUUGUGAUCAAUUUUUAUAUUACCCAACUUAAUAUCUCCGGUUCCGAAACUCGACCUAAGUACCAUGACUGUCCGCAAUUCUGUAAACUAAUAUUCCUUAUACAUUUUUGUGCACCAAUGUUUAACCAUUAGCUAACUUAUUAUACAACCCUUACAAUUGUGCAUUGAAAUGUAAAUAGUGUUCCUUCACUCCCCUGGCAUGCUCCUAUGCACAUAGCCGGUUUGAUAAUCAACCCCAAUUCUCAUCAUUGCAACAUAGACUCAAAUAAUCUCAAAUUUUUCCUUUUUCUUAAAAAAUCAUGUUUUGCUACUAUACAGUCAUACACAAGUCUUUUUAUGGCAUUUCAUUUCAUUGAAUCCACUUUGUACAGUUCCUUGUGGUUCCUAAUGGAUUGCUAGCAACCCAGUUUUCACCACAAAAAAAAAUUCUAAACUCCAAAUCAAGACACCCAUGCAUAUCAAGUUCCCACAAUUUUUCCACUAAAUAAUUUUUUUUGUAAUGCCCCAGAAAUCGUGUACCGUGUACAUUUUUAUAAAAAUAUAUUUGAAUAUCCAUUUAUUAACAAAUGCGCAUUUUGUUUACCACUUGUAUUAACACACGCAUCUUUAUAAAACUUUUACUCUUGAAUAUUGUUGAACUUAUACCAAAGAUAUUUUAAUCGAAAUCUACAUAGUGUGCGACUUCUGGGAUACCAUCUUAGUACCAUAAUUUUCUACUUUGUGUUUUAUGCAAAUCAUGCAUUAAGUAGUAUGCUUGCUUCAAUAAUUGGAUUUUUUGUUAAAACUUUCUAUUUUUUAAGCAAAUAUUGUGUGUAAAGGUUAAACAUGAGGUGAUUUUUUUAUUUUUUAAUUGUUAUCGCAUGAAUACAAGCACUAGCAAGCCACGUA